AUGUUCCGAUGGACGGCUGGAACACGAACCCGGGCAGCUCGUGCGGCGAGGCAGAAUCUCGCCCUCCCCCCUGCUUUCCAAACGCGGCCCGCGCCUUCUCUAUCCCACGCCUCUGAACCCUAUGAACUGGUCUCCAUUACAUCUCCAUCAGUCUGCAAGAAACACGACGGAGAGGAUUCUCGCCAUCCUGGAACCUUAGGGGCAGGGGGCGAUGAGCCUCUGCCUUCAUCCGUGAGGGAUCUACCUCAGCCAUCGAUCCUUUCAUCAGAUCAGGUGGAUGCGAAGGGGAAAGACUUUGGUAACGUCAGCGCGGAGGAGGGUUGCUCGGCUCAAGUGGAGACGGAGAAUAAUUCCAUCAUGUUUAACAUAGCCGCUAGUCAUGAAUGCAUAAAAGGGAAGGAGGCUGAGCAUGAAUGUGUCAGCGGGGGCGCACCAUUAUCAUCAUCUCAGGAGCCCCACGCCGACGAGGAAGCUCGCAAGAGUAAUUCAUUCCUCUUCACGUCUUCUGAUCUCGCUGUGGGCAGGUCCGAGGCUCGCGCGCAGGCUCGUCUUCUUCUUCGCUUGUUUGCGAAGAGCCCGCCCGGCGAAGGCGAGGUGACGGGUCGUAACCAGGCUGAAGGAUUUCUCAUCAACUCAGCCGCCGUGAGGGAUGGUGGGGAUGCUCGGGAUCACGCCCACCGCUCUCGGACCUACGCCGAGGAGCGGGCCGAACGGGAGCGGCAGUCGCGAGCUCGACGGAGCGACGCGUUUGGGGGGAUCGAAGCGCAUCGAAAGCCCCAUCGGACGCGCCGAAACCGUUCUGAAGGGACGGGUUCCUUCGCGUUGGCGGCGGCAACCCCCGCACGGGGGCGGGAGACGGGUGGGGUGGAUGUGUUAGCGCUGCGGUGGCCCCUGGCAACGCGCCCUGCGCGCCCCUUAAGCGAUUCUUCCGACGCCGCGCGAGCCGCCCCCCCCCUCGCGCAGGUUCCUUUCCUCAAGGGGAGGAUGGAUUCGGCGCUCGACGCAUUAGGCGGUCCCUCCCUUGCUAUCUCAACCCCCAUCGACCGCGCGGCGUUAUCCACGCCGGCGGUUCUUCCCCCUUCGUUCGCGCCCGUUUUGGGCGUUGGGGUGGAUCCCUGUGGUGUUUCCUUUCCCCUUCCCCUCUCCCGAUCACCGGUGUCGUCAUGCUCGCGAUCCCCCGCGUCAUCCGGCGUCGUCCACGGGGAGCCCUCCGCGAUGCCGCGAGGCGAGGGCGAGGCGGCGUGGAUCGCAGCAGACGCCCCGGAUGAGCGCCGUGAGGGGGCGUUCCGCGUCGACGACGCGGGCGACGUCGCCACGGCUUUUUUCGCCACGCAACCGCGCCAGGAGAUGGGCACACCGGGCUUCCCUCAGCUUAUCUGGCCCUCCGAAGGAGAUCCCCUUCCAUCCCCGCCUAAGGAUCUCGAUGCUUUUGCUAAUUAUGGCGCCUAUAGCGAGUGUUCUCCCGAGGCGAUUGCUCCCGUACCACCUCUAGAAUCCUCCACGACGGCGUCUUUCUUCAAUCCGUCCUACGCCGCGACGGGCUGGGAACCCCAGCCUUUUGAAGGAGAUAGGUUGCCUUGCGGGGAUUCCCUUCACGCACCGCUCACCGGGCAGGGAUUGCCUGGGAUGCCAUUCGACUCAUUCCACGAUUCCUCUAUUCUUCAGAUUCCAUCUAAGCUUACCCCCCAAGGCGCCUUUCUACGAGAGCCUUCACCUCCCUGGUAUCCUCCUUUUAAUCCCAACCUGCUUUACCCGCCUCUUGGUCUUGUAUCAUCGGAUGCCAAGAUGCAUGACGGCGUGGUCGGAUCUCAGGUAGUUGAUGAGAAGGCCGCUAAUCCAUUCCGCAGUUGGCUUCCUCAUUCGGAGGCCGCAUAUCCAGAAGUUUUCCGACCUCCACGAUCCGGACUUUUUUCUUCCUCAAGUGCUCAUGGUAAUGAUGUUGGUGCGCACCAACAUCCCUUUGUGAUGCCUUUGCAGCAGCAGGUGGCGCCGAUAAAUCCCUCGAUUGCAGCGGCAAUGCGGGCAGCGCUUCGGGCACGGAGGGGUGGGAGCGCGGCGCGGCAUGGGUUCCGAUCCCUGGGUAAACAUCUAGCUUAUUCCCGCCGUCAACAGUUCCGGGAUCGUUGCCAAAGACCCGGUUAA